CGGGGUUUGCCGGGCGAGCUCAGCAGCAGGAGGGGCAGCAGCAGCAGCGGACGCGCAAUGCGGCUUUGGCGGCAGAGGAGGAAGAAAGUGAGGAGGAGGAGACGGGUGCCGCCAUGCCGGCGAGCACCGGCAGGUCGCCCUCCGUGCUGAGGAGCCGGCGACUGGUGCGGCAGCCACUGGUGCAGCAGGAGGAGGAGGAGGAGGAGGAGGAGGAGGGCGGCGGUGGCGAUGGGCAUGAUGAUGAGGAUGAUGACUGGCGGGAGCAGCCGAGGGGUCGCAAGCGGCGUGCGAGCAGUGGAGGAGGGCGGAGCGGCAGCGGCAGCAACCGUAGCGGCAGGGGCAGGAGUCGCGGCAGGGGCAAGCGGCGUUGUGGCAGCAGCGGGGGCGGCGGCCGGCGGGGCGGCGGCUGCGUCGAUGAGGAAAACGGAGAGGAGGAGGAAGACGAGGGAGGCGAGGGAGACGGGGAGGGGGAGGCGAUCUGGGUGCAGUGUGAUCUGUGUCAGGCGUGGCGGGAGCUGCCACUAGGAAGCAAGGUGUCGGAGUGCGACCCGUGGUUCUGCAACAUGCACCCGCUGCCGCACCUGGCCUCCUGCUCGGCGCCGCGGGAGGCGUACGGGCGGGACGUGAGCUUCGAGUGCGCGCCGGGGUACCUGCGGCAGGGUGAGGCCCCGGGUGGUGCGGAGAACGCCGCCUACUUUGACCGGCUGCUGCGGGAGGGGGCGGGGCGGCUGCGGGACCUGGCGGAGGGACUUCGGGCUGUACGGUGGCUAUGCGAGCAGGAUCCUGAGGCCCUAGCGUCCCGUGGGUCGGGCGCCCUGCUGCCCCCUCACCUCCGCAGCAGCAGCAGCAGCAGUAGCAGGGCAGCCGCGGCUGGUAGCAGCGCGGCAGGCGGCGGGUAUGGUGUGCUGUUCAGGAUGCUGGAGCUGCGGCCCUUGUCGGAAGCGGGUG